ACGAGGCUGAUGUCAUGUUUUCCAGGUGAUUUGGUUUCCCGGGCCAUGCAUCACCUGCAGCCGUUACACAUCAAGAACCCGAGCAACGGGACGCCGGUCCACCAGAAGAGCAGCUCUACGGUCCACUGGGAACCCGAAGCGCUCUACACCCUCUGUUACUUCAUGCACUGCCCACAGAUGGAGUGGGAGAACCCCAACGUGGAGCCGUCCAAAGUCACCCUACAAACCGAGAGGCCGUUCUUGGUUCUGCCUCCGCUGAUGGAGUGGAUCCGUGUGGCCGUCGCCCACACCGAACACAGACGCAGCUUCUCCGUCGACAGCGACGAUGUGAGACAGGCCGCCAGGCUGCUGCUGCCCGGGGUGGACUGCGAGCCGCGGCAAAUCAAAGCCGAAGAUUGUUUCUGCGCCACCCGGAAGCUGGACGCAGCCUCCACCGAGGCCAAGUUCCUGCAGGAUCUGGGCUUCAGGAUGCUCAACUGCGGCCGGACGGAUCUGGUCAAGCAGGCCGUCAACCUGCUGGGGCCCGACGGGAUCAACAGCAUGAGCGAACAGGGGAUGACGCCUCUCAUGUACGCCUGCGUGCGCGGUGACGAGGCCAUGGUCCAGAUGCUGCUGGACGCCGGCGCCGACAUCAACAGCGAGGUGCCAAGCACAGUAAACAAGCACCCCUCAGUUUACCCCGAAACGCGCCAGGCGACGCCACUCACGUUCGCCGUGUUGCACGGACACGUCCCUGUCGUGCAGUUACUGCUGGAUAACAGAGCCAAUGUGGAGGGCGCCCUGCAGGAUGGGGCGGAGAACUACACAGAGACGCCGCUCCAGCUUGCUGCAGCUGCAGGAAACUUUGAGCUGGUGAGCUUGCUGUUGGAAAGAGGAGCAGACCCCAUGAUCGGCACUAUGUGUCGCAAUGGCAUCUCCUCCACUCCGCUGGGAGACAUGAACUCGUUCAGCCUGGCAGCGUCGCACGGACACAGGAAUGUUUUCCGGAAGCUCCUGUCCCACUCAGAGAAGGAGAAGGGGGACGUUUUGUCACUGGAGGAGAUCCUGGCCGAGGGUUCAGAUCCCGGGGAGAAGAGGCUGGCUCCGCAGGCCAACUGCAGCGGGACGCUGCGAACAGGAAAGGCCAAACUGCGGGCCCUGAGAGAGGCCAUGUACCAUAGCGCAGAGCAUGGCCAUGUGGACAUCACCAUUGACAUCCGCAGCUUAGGCGUUCCUUGGACGCUGCACACCUGGCUCGAGUCCCUGCGCACCUGCUUCAUGCAGAACCGCCGGCCGCUGAUCCAGGGUCUGCUCAAAGACUUCAGCUGCAUCCAGGAGGACGAGUACACGGAGGAGCUGAUCACACACGGCCUGCCGCUCAUGUUCCAGAUCCUGCGAACCAGCAAGAAUGAAGUGAUUAGCCAGCAGCUGUCGGUCAUUUUCACGCAGUGCUACGGACCUUUCCCCAUCCCCAAACUGACAGAGAUCAAGAAGAAACAGACGUCACGCCUGGACCCGCACUUCCUGAACAACAAGGAGAUGUCUGACGUCACCUUCCUGGUGGAGGGGAAACCGUUUUAUGCACACAAGGUGCUGCUGUUUACAGCAUCAGCCAGGUUCAAGUCUCUGCUCCAGAACAGACCAGCAGCAGAAAACACAUGCAUUGAGAUCAGCCAUGUCAAAUACAACAUUUUCCACCUGGUCAUGCAGUAUCUGUACUGCGGAGGCACAGAGUCUCUGCACAUCCGCAACACAGAAGUGAUGGAGCUCCUGUCUGCAGCCAAGUUCUUCCAACUAGAGGCCCUUCAGAGACACUGUGAGAUCAUCUGCUCCAAGAACAUCACCACUGAAACCUGCGUGGACCUUUACAAACACGCCAAGUUUCUCGGUGCGUUGGAGCUAACUGCAUUCAUCGAGGGCUACUUCCUGAAGAACAUGGUGCUGCUGAUCGAACUGGACGCCUUCAAGCAGCUCCUGUACGAGCCGUCCGCCGCCGAGAGCCCCGCGUCCAGCCCCGGCCUCUGCUCCGACAUCCUCCACGACCUGGAGAAGACGCUGGCCACUCGCAUCCACUCCAUCCACCUCUCCACCUCCAAGGGCUCGGUGGUGUGACCGCCGCCCGCCGCGCUCCCAUCCAGCCGCAGCAUCGAUGUAACGCCCGUUUUAGCAAACACUGUCCCGCCCACGUCAAACUGCUGUCGGACGAUCUACCGCCAGGAUUUCCCUUUAAUUCUGCUGCUUGUUGAACGUUGAUGUAGACGUUUGUGACUUAACUUUGUUUCUUUGCCUUGAGCCUCUGUCCUGACGGCUGUUCACUUCACUGCGGAUAAAAACAAACCCGACUCGGUCAAGACGCCUCGUUCACAAUAAUCCAACUGUGUUUCAUACAGAACAUAUGCAUGAAAUACAUAUUUUACACUUUUUUCACUCAGAAACUAAAGUAGAAGUUUUACUCAUUCAAUACAAACGAUACAUUUUCUGGAAGUGGACGCCAUGGCAGCAGCAAAUGAAAUCCCUGCUAUACGGCCCGUAGCAAUGUGAGGACUUUUUAAGGUGGACUUGCUUACAUCUCAGUCUGUCGGUGUGUUUUUGCUGGACACGUUUCACUGUGUUUUAUCUGCCAUGUUGCAGAAGCCAAACUGAUCACAGGAACUUCCGCCGUGGCCGCCGCCGCCGAGCCGGUUCAAAUAAACCCGAAAUCUAUGCUGACUUGAUUCCGAAAACACGGGAAAUAAUUCGUCUUUUUGCAUGACUCCUCCUUUACUGAGCUGCCAUUAUGUUGCUUUUUUUAUGCACAGCUUACUUCAUGGACCACUUUUCUGAGCGGGAAGUAAAAGAAAUUGCUGCUUAUUAACUUUUUAUUCGCCACAAGACAGAGCGGGAUUCUGGAGACGGACCACGUUUUUGAACGCAGACUGUAAAUAUCUUCUGGAAGUCAUCGUUUUUGUACGCCGGUAUAAAAUCCCCACACUUACUGGCCUCACUAAACGUGCUCCCCGCUGUGCGUCCGGAUUAUGCAAGCUUGCAUGUUUAAUCCAUCUGUAUGACUUGUGUGUUAUGCAACAUUGCGCUGCGGGACGCCGGUUGCUCCAGUUUUAGCUGAACCGAAGGGUUUCCCCUCCAAUUAUUUUUGCUCUGAAGCAUCCCAGAUUAUCAGGAUAGAUUACAAGAUUCAUGCUAGUUUGCAGCAUUUAAAUUACCAUCUGUGUAUUAAUUUAUUUUAGCUGUUUAGUAUUGAAUUGAAGUUACACACAAAAUAAUAUUUUACUGUCAUUGUUUGGUGGUGAAAGGGAGGAAGAGGUGGAGGAAAUAUAAAGAUCAACUUUUAAAAAAGUCUAGCUUUCCAAAAAUUAAACAAAAAAUAAUGAAACUAUAAGUAAGAAGCCAAAGAUGAAACUGAAAUAUAAUAAAUAAUGUCCAGCACAUCACAAGGAGCUAAGAAAAUUUUAGCAAUUUGAUGUCUAAUCAAAUUUAUGUUGAUUUCUGGAAAACAAAGUGAUACAGUUGCGCUUACAAAACAAAAAUGAACAUCGUCUUCAUAACUAAAUGAAAGAUAUCAAGAGAAAUUUCAGACUUGUGAAAAUGUUUUUCCUGGUCUUUCUUGCGAACUUAAAUCUUCAUGUUUCUCUUUGAGAGCAUCAAUAAAGUUAAACUUGAAGUUUCUUCCUUACACUUUCAUAUCAAAAAGUAACACAAACCUGCUGUGGGUUGUGUGGUGACAUUUUAGGGUUUUUGGAGACUUUUAGCAUCUUACUGUCUGCUCUCAGGGUGAACAUGCUUUGUCGGCCAACAUGGACAUGUCAGCAGUUUUAUUUUGAAAUCUGAUUACAAAUUAUUCUGAGAUGUCUAUUUUUUUUUAUAUAUCUUUUCUCUCACUUAAACAGUAACCAAACUAAAGAUGUCUGAGAUUUAAAAGUGGAAACCUUCUAAAAAAAACUUGACAGUCUUUUCUUCUAUUGUUUAUUUAAAUUAUUUAAAAUUUUAGUUGUGUAUAUAUAUAUAUAUUAAAUACCUUCAAGUCUAAAUUUUUCUGAAAAACACUGAAUCUUGUUGGAGGGAAUCGUAUUUUCACAUGAAUGUAUAAUGACAGAAAUACUUAAUUAUUAAAGCUCCUUGCAGAUCAUGCCAAAUAUUUUGCAAAACUUAUUUUUUUUAAAUUGUGUUGCAUCUGAAUGGUCUGGAUGUCGUAAAACGAUUAAAAAGCACCCAGUUUCUGCAUUCCCUCAGUAUUUCAGUACUAAAAGCUGCAACAGUUAAGUAAAUGUUAUGUUUUCUUCCUACCUAUAUGCUUUGAUGUCAUAAAAUUAAAAUACAAGCUGAAAAUGUUCUGAGAGGAAACGGUGAAAUGAGUUGAAGAAAACACGAUGGAUUUUAAUCAAGUACAUAUCUAUGAUCGCCCCCUGCUGGUGUAGCAUGGGUUUUACAACAUUUUGAUCAUCCAUCGUAAGGAAAAAAUGUAUAGAAAAUCAAGAAACCGUCCAGGAAAUUAAUUAGCAGUUUAAAAAAAUUAACUCUACUAAAUACACAGUGUGAAUUUAACAAAAGUAAUAAAAAAACAUCUCUUGGUAAUUUAUGCAUUGAAUAUAAGAAUACCUUGUUCACAGUCCUGAAUUUUCCACACAACUGUCUCAUACGGUGUUGACCCUUAACAACUACGUCACUCUAUCAUUCGAGGCGCCAUGUUGGACGUCGGAAGUGAGGGAUGAGAGUAUUUAACAGAACGAUUGCAAUUGUUUUCCAAAGUUGUUUUUUUCCAGUUUAUUCGUGGAUUCUACUUGUUCGAGUCGAGUUAAUUUGUCUGUGAACGUAACUCAGCUGGUUGGGCCUCAUUGACGACGGUAUUUACAAAAAUUGGAAACGGCUAGCUUCGAACCCGACCCAUAUCUCCUCCCUGGUGACGUGUUGAUCAAAUUACCGACUUUGCCUGAAUUCACACCACGUGAUUUAUAUCACUAUGUCAUAAACAGCGCUUUUCCUUACACCGUAGCAAUAUUAUAAACAUACAAAAGAGAAGAUGCUAACCAUUUUUUUUUUCGUACAUGCUAGGCUACAUGACGGCGCGGCAUUGUUUCCAUGGUUACCAAUGGCUAGACGCACCUUCUCCAUAGUGCGAAUAAUUUAUCUUUCUAAUUAUAUAUAUACUUAUAAAGUGUAUGAACGUUAAUCUUCUUAAGUUGUAAAAAAAAAAAUGUUCGCUGCAAAUCCGCGAUUACACUGAAGGCUGAGUCAUGAUUGACAGCUGCUAUCCAUCGCCGCCAUAUAUAAGUUAUAAAAUAAAAUAAGUUUGGUUUCUAUACGACCGCGCAGCACUCUGACCAUUUUAAAAGUGAAAUAAAAUGCGAUAUUAGACUUCCGGGUGUCUGUUUUGUGACAGCCUUUACAGGAGCGUAAUGGUUGCUUUGAUGUCCGUCAUGGCGGAGCGUGACGUCACGCGAAAAGGGUCCAUAUUUUUUUUCAUAUUUUCAAAACGGUAAAUACCAAGUAAUUCUCUUAAUGCCACCAGAGGUCCCUAAUAUUUACCAACAGUUUUUCUGUUCAAAUAUUGACAAUUCAUUAAGAGGUUCUCUAGUUUUAUGCAUUCAGUUGUAUUUUAAUAUACGGCUGAAAUCUAUUUAAUGAAUGUAACACAAAGCGGUUGGAGAUUAAGAAAUUGUGCAAUUUUUUCCAGCAACAGACCAAAUGCAACAGUCAAAUCAGUUUUCAUUUUUACAUGUAAUGUUUGUUUCACUAUCAAUCACCAUUUAUAUUCUUAUGAAAUAUAAUUCUGUAGCACACUCAAAAUGACAUCCAUAUUUUAGCCUAAAUUGUGAGAAAAUCUUAACAUAAUAUAUGAACUUCUAUAAAUAUUGACAGAUUAUAGAUGCUAUACUACAGUUUUAUUUUCUUAUCUACAUGCAUAGUAGUAUAUAUUUUAUUUUACAUUCAGCAGUUUUGAAAAAAUUAUAUUUAAUAAUGCUUUAAGACAUUUAGUAGAAGCAAUAUUUACAUCAGAUUGUGUUCCCAUGAGGUUAGCUAUGGUGUAAAUGUGAGCUAAACGAGUGACUGAAAUUUGCUUAAAUAUAUAUAUUUUUGGUCAAAUAUCUGUGGCACCCCAUGGUGUGUUUUUGUUUAUUUUACCCUGAAUGCUUUAAAGAGUUUACUGUAUGUUAAUAACUUAAAUGAAUCUUCACAUAGUCACAUAUUUUAGUGGAAACGCUUUAUUUGAAAGAUAUAUAUAACCUGAUGCAAACCAAGGUUCAUGAUGAUGUCAAAGCACUUUUUUGUGCCAGUGUUAAUGUAGCCUCACACAAUCAGAGUAUUUUACCAGUGAGCUUGAGUUAAAGUAUUAUUGUGACCCAACAGCAACUAAAGUAUGAAAAUAAAGUCAAAGAUUUUAUGCUUAUCUGUUUCUGUUAGUCUUAAUGUUAUGCCAGUAGCAAAAAAAAAAAAAAAACAGCUUAGCUUGUCCCAUUUCUGGCAUUUCUGGCCCAAAAUGGGUCAAAGCUGUAGAGUAAAUGUCAGUUUGCAUGGCUCUUCUUGUUUAAUGUUGUUGGGAAUGUGUUCUGUACAGCAGCUUUGUCUCAACACCCUCCUUUGUGUUUGUCUGAGCAUUUAUUAUCCUCCGUAUUUGUUACUGGUAAUAUACCUAAUUUUCCCUAGACACAGUGAUAACUUGCAUGGGUUAGUUUAAAUCCACAUGGGGAUGAAACUUUUGCUACUUCUGUUCCUUUGAAGGGAAAAUGUACAUUGUACAAAUUAUAUAUAUAUACAUAUAUAUAUAAAAUAUAAAUUAUACAUGGUGUAAGAAGCAGAGAUGUGGUGGAGUUAAACAACAAAGAGAAAUGUUACACUCAUGCUACGGUUUCUGUCGUUCCAUGACAUGAUAUUGUGGACAGCUAAUAAAGACCUCAGUUUAAAAA